AUGAGGGGUUCACAAAUAGAUCCUCGCGAUCGCUCUUUGCCGGCGCGCAUUGGCUCGAAUUCUAGGACUCGACAAUUCAUCGCGAAUGUCCUCUUGUCUCGGAUCGCGCUGGCGGUAAGCUGAUUCGCGGCAUUGCGAGAUUUUGAUGGCGAGCGCAAUGGCGUUUGGCUGGCCAUACCAAUGGCAGUCCGGAGGAGGAGGAGGGGUGGAUGUAGUCGUCUCUUCGCAGCAACAUUCUCGCAGGCUCAGGAUUUUCUCUCCGGCAUUUAGAAAAGGAGCCGAAUUGCUGGUCACCGAGGACCAGAUUUCGCUGGAGAACACGUUUGUAGCACUGGAAUCGUCACUGGAAGGCCUGGAAGUGCCUAGGCUCGGGGAAGCUCCCGUGGAGGCCGAGAUAGCUUCCACGAGCUCAAAUGGUUCCACUCAGGUGAUCGAAGAAAAAACUCCCGAAAGAAGAAAGAAGGAGUGGACUGGUCCGAUCAGACCUCGCAAACAUCCUCCACUUCCGCCAUGGACGGAAGCACAGUGCCGAGAGAAGCAAACGGAGAUUCUAAACGAGCUCCUCGCCAACGAUCAGCUAGAGGGAGGCGGGCUUCCAGUGGCGACCAUCCUCGAUGGAUGGCUGGGAAAAGUUUCCAGAGUGGACCUCGCCAACGUUAUCAAGGAUCUGGACGCUCAAGGCAAGCACGCACUGCUGCUCGAGGUGUUCUACUGGAUGCAAAGAUGCAAAGGAAGGCUGGUUCCAAAGGCACACCUUUGCAACAUGGUGCUGGGCAUUUUGAGCCGGGCUAGAUUGAUAGAGGACGCCGAGGAGCUCUUCCAGUGGAUCAAGCUCCAGGACUGGGAUAAGCUACGUCCAUACAAUGCGAUGAUAGCAGCAUACUACCAGGCAAAGAGGCCCAAGGACGCCUGGGAUGUUUACUACCAAAUGCUCGCGGAAGGCAUCGAUCCAGACGACGUUACUUACGACAUUCUUGUAAGUGGGAGUGGAAAGAAUGGCUAUCCGAUCGACAGGCUCUUCUUGGAGAUCAAGUCUAGAGGGGUGGCGCUCACGUUACGAUCAUACAACGUCGUGAUCUGCGCGUUCACGAAGGAAGGAAGCAUUGACAAGGUGGAGGAAGUGAUCCGCGAGAUGAUACGGCAAGAGCUCCGGCCGGAUUUGUUCUCGUUCAACGCCUUGAUCGCCGCAUACGCCAUGUCCAGGAAGCCGGAGAGGGGACUACAGGUUUUCAGCAACAUGAAAGCCGCGGGUGUUCUUCCGGACAUCGUGACUUACACCACGCUGAUACAGAUGUUUAGCCGGAGCGCCAUGCACAAGGAAGCGAUCGAAAUGUUCGAGGAGAUGGUGGUGAACAAGUGCCAGCCGGAUUUCUUCGUCUACAGCCUGCUCGUCAGUGUCUACGGCAAAGCUGGUCUUGUGGCGGACGCUCUCCUGAUAUUCCACAGGCUUCAGCUGGAAGGACACAGGCCGAAUAUCGUCACCUACACGUCCCUAAUCUCCGCGCAUCUCCACAAAGGCUUGCUCGAGGAGUCACGCAAGCACUUCUCACAGAUGGAAGCGUAUGGAUGCCGAGCCGACGUCCAUCUUCUAAACACAAUGAUUGACGCGUAUGCCAAGGCCGGGAUGGUGAACGAUGCUGCUAACUUGCUGCACAGACUCACGGCUCAGGGAGUCUGUCCGAACAGAGCCUCGUAUGCCAUUAUCGUGGAGGGAUUUCUUCAUGCCGGACAUGUGGAUGAGGCUCUUGCGGCAUACGCAUCGAUGUCCGAGGCCGGUUUCAAGGAUGAGAAGAUGAGCUCCAGGAUCUCCAGAAGAAGCAGUCCGAGGAGAUGAUAUCAUUUUUGACACAGGAUAACUCUCGACUCAAGAGCCCUGCGAGUUUGUCUAGCUUGUUGGUACCACCAAAGCUUACCGGUCGAUCGUCUGGGAUUUACUCCCUGCUAAGGAUAUGGUCCAGUGACAUUGCCGGAUUGUCGAGCCUAUGGUGUCGUUUAAAAGCCGCUGGACGCAUCGAAAGACUCUCCAGAAGCUCCAGAAACAUCAUUCUUUGAGAGCUCGUGCUUGUCAACCAUGUAACGAUCAAACUUUUACAUUUUCUUUGCAAGAAUCGAUUCAACGAGCGCUGUAGCCGGAGUUGUUUUCAUUCCAGAGAAAGCACUCGAUCGUUAUCAAUCAUCCAGAGCCCAGAUUAGCAACGAAACAGCGGCCAAACUAUAUAUUAUUUCCUGCCUGCUCUUUCGUCCACUCAGGCCCAAUCCAUCCACGUCUGGAACACUCUCGAAUUUCAAACCUCACGUAAAGAAGCAUAGAAAGAUGGAAGUAUUGUCAUCAAAUAUAUGAUUCUUAAUGCUCGAGAAACCCGUCAUCUUGCACAGGGGUGGUGGUAAUUGCUUGCAUCCCGGGAGAGAAGAAACAAAAACAUUAUCUUAGAGAGGUGGAGGGGAGGAGGGAGAGAUUCAUGUGUGUGGGCACAAAGACGACGUCGAUCGAUCCAUUAAGCUUGCUCGGCUCGCGCGCUGGAGCUGGAGCUGGAGCUUCUAGAGCUCUAGGUUGGCUUGAAGACGAUGAAUCCCGCGCAUUGCACUUGCCUGACCCGGUCGAAUCCCAG